AUGGAAAAUGAAACUAACAAUGGCAGAGAACAAAAUGGAAAAACCAUACCUUAUGUUUCAGUGAAAGGAGACAGAGAGGAUCCAGUUGAAUCUGAAGCACCUGAGGAAGAUACAGAGUCAGAUGAAUGUGAAGCUGGAGAAUCUUGUCCAUGUGUCUUUUCCCUCACAGAUGACUUUCAGCUUGUUAUUCCUGAAAGAGGUGAACGAGUUAAGAUUAAUUCGGGAUCUACUCUCACUGUGUCGUGUCACUUGUCUCCUGCAAUCAGUGCUGUUGACAUGGAGAUUACUUGGUUUGGUGUGAUGUCUUGUGUUUGUGCCUAUAAGAACCGAGAGAUGACACAGGGUGUUGGCUAUGAGGGCAGAGCGAGACUGUUCAUUCAUGACCUGAAGAGAGGGAAUGUGUCUUUAAGAGUGGCAGACUACAAAGAAUCAGAUCUAGGAGUUUACAUGUGCCAGGUCACCAGUAGAAAUAAAACGCAACAGAUAACAGUAAAUGUAGCAGAAGAAGUCUCUGCCAUUUUCAAGGACCAGCACUUCUUUACAGUGAAUUACAAGAUGGGAGAAACCAAUAACAAAUUAUCAAUCCACUCUGCAUAUCACAGUGCUUCAGGGAAGGAUCAGCGUAAGGAUUACAAGGAAGAAACAGAUAACAAAUUAUCAUCACAGUACAUCAAAUCACAUCUAAGCCGUCCAGACAACAAACAGUCUGGGGACAACAGAAUGGGAACCAAAGGCAAAGAGAACUUUCAGCUUGUUGUCCCCAGUACAUCACAAGAACCAGAGGCUUCCUUGGGGUCUGAUUUGAUUAUUACAUGUUACUUGUCUCCUGAAAUCAGUGCUGUUGACAUGGAGAUCAGUUGGUCUAACGAUACAGCCUGUGUUUGCCUGUAUAAGGACAGGCAGGUGACAGAAGGGGUUUUGUUCAAGGACAGAGUCAUCAGUAAAGACAGAAGAGAGAAAAUUACAGUAAGAGUGAGGAUAAAUCCUGGUGUGCAGUCUCUGAGUCAGUCACCAAUAUUUCCAGAAGGAAAUCAGGAAAAAAGGACAAGAGAACCAACCAACAAAUUAUCAAGGCACACUUCACAUCACAGUAAAUCAGAUGAGAAACAACAUGGGAAUUACAGCAAGAGCGUCUCUGAUAAUUUUCAGCUUGUUAUUCCUCAAACAGCUCAAGAAGCACAGAUUUAUAUGGGGUCUAAAAUCAUUGUUCCUUGUCACUUGACUCCUGAAAUCUGUGCCAUUGCCAUGCAGAUCAAAUGGUUUAAGGAGACAGACAGUGUUUGCAUCUACAAGAACGGACAUGUGACUGAGGGGAGGAACUACAAAGACAGAGCGAGUCUCGCCACUCACAUACUGGAGAGAGGAAAUGUGUCCUUACAUCUAAAUAAUUUCAGUGUCUCAGAUGUUGGUGAUUACUAUUGUCAGGUCAUCAGUGGAGACAGAACACAGCAGAUUACAGUAGGAGUGAGGAUAAAAUCUGAGGUCCAACAUGUGAGUCAGUCACCAACAUUCCAAGGCCAAAGUAUUCAGCUAAAGCUGUUUGAGAUAGACAAAAUAUGGACUAAACAGGAGACAGACAAAAUGAAUAAAUCUGCUCUAAUGGCUGAGGAGCUUCAGAAUAUGUUAAUUAAGGCUUGCAAAGAAAAAGACAGACAGCUGGAAAGAGCUGAACAGGAGUUGAGAGAGACCAGAAAGAUGUUGGACAGACUCUUAAGACUCAACCCUCAUGCUCAGUUUUUGGACAGAGACAAAUCAAAUCCCGUUUGA